UGAAUAUGGCUGCGUUCGAGAAGCUCAAACUUUUCCUAACAACCCCUCCGAUUCUUCGGAUUGCAGAUCCUCACCCUCCAUUCGAGCUCAUCACCGACGCUAGCGAUCUGGUUGUGGGCGCCAUACUGUUACAAGACUUCGGCGACGGCCUCCAACCCAUCACCUACGAGUCACGAAAAAUGAACCAGGCCGAGAGAAAUUAUCCUGUCCAUGACAAGGAGUUACUCGCCAUCGUUCACGCUUUCAAGGUCUGGCGCUGCUACCUGAUGGGCGCUGACUCAUCCCCAACUGACGGUCAAGCAAGGGAUCUAUUAUCUAAAAUCUGGUACCAAUCGGAUUUGGGUCCCCGCCUACCGUACACUACGGAAUUACUGAUCCAGGAGGCACAUGACUCGAAUUUCUCGGGUCACUACGGCAUCAACAAAACCACAAAAUUACGGAGCCAUAAUUAUUAUUGGCCCGACCUACCGACAGACGUGCAGCAGUACGUCACCUUCUGCGCCACGUGUCAAUGCAUGAAGUCUUCCCGACUUCGACCUACUGGAUUGCUGCAGCCGCUCGAGCCACCCAACUGACCCUAGUCCAAGCGUUAACGACGCAA